AUGAAUGAGACCAUGAAGAGUGCAAAGUUUGACUUUGACACGGGAGACAGCGAUAGCCACAACUAUAUCCACAAUGAGUCUGAAAGCUACUCUGCCGAGGAUGCAAAGUACGAGGUUGGGAAGGAGGAAAGCACAGGGCCAUUUGAAAAGCUGAAGAGCAGUGCAGCAGACACUCUCCACCAGAGAACAGGAUGGAUCUUCUUGAUAGGCGUCGUUCUGUCGAUACUUGCGAUUUGCUGCUGGGGCCUUUAUGUGGAUGUCAAGGACAGAAGUGGAGACGUGUCCAGCAUCAGGGUCCGAGACGUCCUGUUUGUGUGCUCCAUGGGCGUGUUUGUCUUUAUGGUCCUGAACUUUGCUCUUUUCAAGAUGAGCUUCCUUGGGCUAAAGAGAUCGAACAGCCUGAACACGUUCUUUUACUACACAAACGAGCUUUCUGAGCACAUUUCUGUAGGAAUCAUCCUCAGUGCAGGGUUUUUCCUGGCAUUUCUCCGGGAUCUGGACUUCUGUGUGGACAACAAGCAGAGGAUGGACCUGUUUCUCAGCGACGUGUUCAGCAGCCUCUUGAUAACGACCUUCAUGCUUGGAGCCGUGAAGAUAUUCCACAGGUCCAUUUCGAUGAACUUCAACUAUUCUGUAUACAUCAAGAGGAUUAGAAGAGUGCUUUCCGAAGAUGCAUUUGUCAAUCUCCUCGGGGUCAUAGACAACCGAAGGAGCCGGGGAAUAGAGAGGCCUAGACUCAGCAGGUCACAGGAGAUGAUGUAUAAAAGCGAUGCAGUCUCCUCGAUAAAUGAGUACAUGGAAGACCUGUAUGGCUACAACGAGCCCACAAACGAACUCGACCUGCCCAGGAAAAGGGUUCUCCUCAAGGAAUUCCAGAGGCUGAUGCGGCGGUCCAGCACCAUUCGAGGAAGCGUUAUACAGAUCUCGCAGAAGCUUAAGAGCAAGGCUGGAAGCAAGGCAAGCAAGAUGGUUGGAAAAGAUGGGGUCAUUGGGCCCAUGUCUGACCUGUCGCUGUACUUCUACAACCCAGAGGUGUUCAAGUUUUUGAUGAAGGAAAUUGGCGUUGAGGAGGGAUUCAAGUUCACAAGAGCCAGUUUGGCAGAUUUUAUCGAGAGAACGUACAGAGAGAGAUACUUUCUCAAGGAGAAUCUCGAGCACAUGAAUUCUGCUAUAGACAAGGUUGCGUUUGGACUCAAGGUGAUGAUAGCAGGGAUUCUUCUGGCAAUGCUAUAUAUCAAGGCCGGAGGAGAGGGUGUUACGACCAUUGGUGUGAUUUCGGCAUUUUUCGGAACACAGUUCAUCUCAAAUUCGUUCUCUUCCAGCGUGAUAAGCAGCAUAAUUUUCCUGUUUUUCAUCCAUCCAUACGACAUCGGAGACAGGAUCUUCGUGACGCUGGAGGGUGUGGAGGAGAAUCUGGUUGUGUCUGAGCUGAAUGUGUUUUCGACUGUGUUCUACAGAUGGGAUGGGGUCUAUAUAACCAUUCUCAACACUGUGCUGGCGCAAAAGGCAAUUAAGAACCUCAGGAGGAGUGGAAUCAUGGCUGAGUCCCAUAGAAUUCAAAUAAAUAGCAGGACCAACCAGAAGAAGCUAAUCCGCCUGAAGGAGGUUAUCGAGGACUUUGUCAAGAGCAACCCGGAGGACUAUACGGAAUACAUGAUGCUGAACCAUGAGUACAUCGAGGAUGCCUCGAAGCUUCAUAUGAAGGUUUACAUGCAGUACAAGAGCAGCUGGCAGAACUUUGAGCUGUAUCUUCGAAGAAAGACCAAAUUCCUGUCAUUCCUGAACAGAGCUCUGCAGGAGCUUGAGAUCGAAUAUAUCCUUCCACCAAUGCCCAUUUUCCUGAAAAAGGCCCAGGAGUGA